UCACAAGUCAAGAAACCAAGCAUAAAUCAGUAAAAGUCUUCACAAGUAUUUCUAUUUGGCUGCUCUCCCUAAUAACAGCUCUCUCUCUCUCUCUCCUCUGUUCUUUUUCUCUUCUCAGUUGUUGAAGAUGCCUAGACCUGGCCCAAGACCCUAUGAGUGUGUUAGAAGAGCUUGGCACAGCGAUAGACACCAACCCAUGAGAGGCUCCCUCAUUAAAGAAAUUUUCAGGGUUGUGAAUGAGAUUCAUAGUUCGGUAAUUAAAAAGAACAAGGAAUGGCGAGAGAAGAUCCCUAUUGUUGUCCUGAAAGCUGAAGAAAUUUUGUAUUCCAAAGCCAAUUCUGAGGCCGAGUAUAUGGAUCUUACAACUCUUCGGGACAGAGCUAAUGACGCCAUUAACACCAUAAUUCGACUAGAUGACAGUACUGAAUCCGGAAAACUUUUGCUGCCUUGUAUUGAAGCUGCUCUACACUUAGGCUGCACUCCAAGAUGGGCAUCAAGGAGCCAGAGGAACAAUACUCCCAGCGGUUAUCUUAGUGCUAGCAUUCAAAAAACUACCUCUGUUCCCACAACUGAUUUCGAAAAAACAGCUCAAGGAAAUUGUACAAACAAUGCCCAAAUCAUAUCUGAGUAUUCAAGGUUCAUGAAGCCCACUAUAAUGAAUUCCAAUAACAUUGGGUCAGUUUGUCUAAGCCCUAUUGUCCAAAGCAAUAUUGUACCUGUUGAAAAAUUUCCUUCAUUACCUGAAAAGUUUCUUCCCAGGAGUGAUAUUCUAUGUUUACCUAAGAAAAUUAACCCUUCACUGAACACAUGUUCAGUCUAUCCCUUACAUUGUGAAGAUCAAUUGCAAUCUAAACAGUCUGAGCUUGGUUCUUGUAAUCCUUCUAAACCGAAUUCUUGCUCCAUAGGGCCUAGUGAGACGAAGGUGGCACAAAUGGUUUCCUCUCACAAUGCAGAUGCCUCAAACAGAAUUACUCAAGUAAAUUUUGGAAGUGACCCACCUGGGAUUGCCUGUGAUUUAUCAUUGCGAUUGGGCCCUUCUGUGGUUCAGUGCAAAAGGUUGCCCCUCGAGGUUGGUUUGAGCACUUCUCGAGAGGGGAGCAAAUAUAAUGAUCUCUCUCCCCCUAUCAAUGAAGAUUUCUCUUUCUUCUUUAGGGCAAAUUCUGAUGACCCAUUAAACUCAUGCUUGAGUGAAAGGAAAUCUGAGAAUGCAAAGUUUGAAUGUGGAGGAAAGAGUAAGAAAAAGGAAGGCAGUCCUUAAUUACCCGUCCGCGGAUAAGAAACUUUUCUGGCAGCCAGUGCUUUCAUUCGGUGGAAGGAUGAGCAAUGCUGGUUCGUAAAUUGACUUGUGCUUCGGUAGUUCCCUUCACAUUUUUGGAAUGGUUCACCACAUAGAUAUUUAUUUCUAGCCUUCUUGAGCUCUUGCUGUACUCACUUGUUAUGUCUACAAUUUUCUCAGUUAUGAGUAGUUUGUUGUGAAGUUGUAAAAUUUGAAGUGUAAAUACUGAUUGAG